AUGGGGCUGUCGAGAAUAUUCAUAGCAGUCCAAACUGAUUUUGAGAAGCCCUUAUCUGGCCUGGCUGGGCGCCCCUCACUCCUGGCUGUCAGCCACACCAAGCAGCGCCUUGCAGGGUCAGAGGAAGUGAGGUCAUGUGAAUCACAGAAGCAGUUAAAGAUCCACUUGGCAGCCAACAGCAGAUUCACCACUGAAGGUCAGACAUAGAUCACCUAACAGAGGGAGAUAGGCAUGCAGCCGGGGCAGGGAAUGAUAAAGAGGGGCAAGCAGGGAGAUCUUCUAUCUCUCACUCCAUUGUUCUUCGGCGAUGGACAGAGCGGUGCGAUAUAGAGCAGCUACAUACAGCCCACCAAGGGAGCUUUAUAGUGUUGUUCUUGUGCUUGAAAGCAGAGAUGCCAUGCAGAUAAACAGCAGCUGCUUUAUUCAUCUGUCUUCUCUUCCAUCCAAGUGGGCACACACACACAAACACAUAAACACUUUUUAAUCUUAACAAAACAGUCGCGUUUCCAAGAGGCCAGCAUCCUUGGCUCGGCCCUGGUGUGUGUGUCGCCCCUGGUGUGGGAGCCCCUGGAGCCAGAGGAGCAGCACAGUGACCCGUCUCCUGCUGCUCUAAUCUAA